AUGAUUUUUGUUUACGUAAAAUGGCCGCAUCCACUGUUGAAUCAAUAACCACCGGGAAAGCUGCAGUUAGAGAGCAUUUGUAUAAAGUUCUUGUUAUUGGAGAAUUCGGUGUAGGUAAAACUUCAAUUAUUAGGCGAUAUACUGAAGGUUACUUUUCUCCUAAUUACAAAUUGACAAUUGGUGUUGAUUUUGCCUUAAAGAGUAUAGAAUGGUCCCCAGAUGAGAAAGUCAAUCUUCAACUUUGGGAUAUUGCAGGCCAUGAAAGAUUUGGUCACAUGACAAGAGUUUAUUAUAAAUAUGCGAUUGCUGCAAUAAUAGUCUUUGAUCUAUCCAGGCCAGCUACAUUUGAUUCAGUAUUGAAGUGGCUAGAGGAUGUGAAUUCAAAGGUUAUGUUAUCAAAUGAACUCCCAGUGCCUGUGCUUUUGCUUGCUAACAAGUGUGAUAUUGAAGAUGCUGCUUAUCAGACUGAUAAACUGGAUAGUUUUUGCAAGGAAAAGAAUUUUAUAGGGUGGUUUCCGACUUCUGCUAAAACCAAUCAAAACGUUGAAGAAGCUAUGAACUUUUUAGUUGAACACAUUCUCUCACUUCCAAGUGAGGCUUUACAGCCUAACGAGCAUACAUCUUUAACCAGCUCCAUCACCACUAGUUUAGAUGAUUCUAAUUUUGAUGUAGAUGAAAAGAGAAAGAAUUCUCUAUGCUGUAAUUAAUAUUGCAUGAUUAAUUAUCAUUCAGAAGAAUAAUACCCAGUUAUUUAAUAUGUUUAUCUAGCAUAGUGGUUUCUAAGUCAUUUUUUCAUAUCUUCCUGAAAGAAGAUUCUUGGUGCCUUGUCCAUGAGAAUACAAAAUGUUUUUAAUUAGAAAUAUUUUUUGCAAAAACUUUAAAUCUUAUCUGGCAUAAUUUUAUUGCACUACAAAUUAUUUUGGUUUGCAUUUUAUGAAACUUUUAGUGACUAUAUGGCCAUGACACUUAAGUGUAUGAAUUAUUACAUACACUAUUCUUUGAUUUAUUGUAUCAAUACAGCUUGAUUAUUUUUGAAAAAAAAAAUGUUUUGUCUAAAAAUGUUAAAAUUCAGCAUAGAUUAAAUGAAGUAGUUAGAAUAUUUAAAUUCUACUUAUAACUUUUUUUUUUGUAAUGUUAAGCUUGAUAAAAAUUUGAUAAGGUUUGACUGAAGUUGAUGCAGGUUUACUAUCAGAGUGAUUUGUAUGUAUCAAACAUUUGAUAUCAAGCAUUGAUGAAUUGAUUUAGAUUUCAGUUUCAAAUUUAAAUGGUUGUCCUAGUUUGCAUUACAAUAAAAACCUGAUGUUUUGGCUGUUUAUUAUUAAAAUUACAUUUAAUAAAUAGUUAAACAUAAUUUUUUUACAGUGGGGCUAUAAUGAAUUUGAUCUGUUAAUUUCUACUGUGAUGUUCAUCUUAGAAAUGAUAUUUACUUCUACUAUCCUAAGUCAAGUACAUUGUUUACUGCAAUGGCCUUUAUGAUUGUGAUAUUACAAAAUUUUAAAAAAUAUCAAUAUGUACAUUACAUAACACA